AGGGGGGCCCGCGGGAGGUGUGCGGCCGGCCGCGGGAGCUGUGCCGGGGCUGGCUGGAGCCGCGGCAAGGAGCAGACCUGGCGCUGGUGGUGCUGGAGCAGUUCCUGGCCGCCUGCUGUGGUCACGCCGAGUGUGAAGGUCGAGGACGUGUCGUCAGACACGAUGCAGCCCACAGGGGCACCGCAGGAGCCUGGUGAGUCCUGGCCGGAGCAGCCACGCGCCUGUCAUGCAGACAGGCCUCUGGAAGAGUCGGGAGACGUGGAAACCUUGGGGCCUCGGGACAACCCACCUGACGUCCCCAGAGAGGAUGCCCCGCCCCCCCGGGAGCCAGGUGCUUGCACCCUGAGCAGAGCAGAGCAGCAGCCUCCUGAGGCGGGGCCUGGAAACCUGGAGCUGCAGAGGACUUCCCCAGGGAGACUAGAGGAGAGGAGUUCCCUGACACCUGAGCCGGGCCAAGUGCAGAGGGGGCAGGGCAGGCCUCCAAAGCAGGAGGAGAGCUGGGAGGUCCGGGAGGUGUUUGAGGACGUGGCCGUGUAUUUCACGCGGAGGGAGUGGGAGCUGCUGGAAGAUGACGACAAGGUGCUUUACCAGGACCAGAUGCUGAAGAAUUUCAACACCCUCGUUUCCCUGGGAUAUCGAGGUCCUGCACCUGACUUAAUCUGCAGCAUCCAGCAAGGACAAGUGGAGCUCUGGGUCUGUGAUGAUGAGGACUGUGGGGAAAUCUCAAGAUCUGACGACCUGCUAGCAGGAGGUGCCUGGCUGCUGAGCAGAGCUGAGGAGCAGCCUCCUGUGGAAGGGCCUGCAGACCUGGAGCCAGCAUGGACUUCCCUAGGGAGUUUGGGUGAGGUUGGCUCCUGGAGACCUGAAAAGGAGCAGUGGCACACGAGUCAGGGGAGGCCACAAAACCAGCAGGAGAAUGUGGCAGUGAACCAGCACAUCCACCUGGGCAAGAAGACACACCGCUGCACUGCGUGCUGGAAGAACUUCAUUUGCUGGCAAGACCUGUCCCAGCACCAGUGUGUGCAGCACUGCUGCACCAAGUGUGGGAAGAGAUUCAGGCAGCUGUCCAGCCUGUCCAGGCACUGGUGCACGCACACAAGGGAGAAACCACAUCAGUGCUCGGAGUGUGGGAAGAGCUUCACUCACUCCUCUGGCUUGGCUCAACACCAGCGUAUCCACACAGGGGAGAUGUAUCAUUGCUCAGAGUGUGGGAAGAGCUUCACCCAAUUCUCCAAACUGGCCCGGCACUGGCGCAUCCACACAGGGGAGAAGCCAUAUCAGUGCUCAGAGUGUGGGAAGAGCUUCAGCUGGUCCUGCCGCCUGUCCCAGCACCAGCACAUCCACACAGGGGAGAAGCCACAUACAUGCUCAGAGUGUGGGAAGAGCUACGCUAGUUCCUUUGGCCUGGCUCAGCACCAGCGUAUCCACACAGGGGAGAAACCACAUAAAUGCUCAGAGUGUGGGAAGAGCUUCACUAGGUCCUUUGGCCUGGCUCAGCACCAGCGUAUCCACACAGGGGAGAAGCCAGUUCGGUGCUUGGAGUGUGGGAAGAGCUUCACUCAGCGCUCCCACCUGGCCCGGCACCGGCGCAUCCACACAGGGGAGAAGCCAUAUCAGUGCUCAAAGUGUGGGAAGAGUUUCAGCCGGUCCUCCCACCUGGCCCGGCACCAGCUCAGCCACACGGGGGAAAAGCCACAUCAGUGCUCGGAGUGUGGGAAGGGCUUCAGCCUGUCCUCCCACCUGACCCAGCACCAGCUCAGCCACACGGGGGAAAAGCCACAUCAGUGCUCAGAGUGUGGGAAGAGCUUCACCCAGUUCUCCAGCCUGGCCCAGCACCAGCUUAUUCACACAGGGGAGAAAGCACAUCAGUGCUCAGACUGUGGGAAGAGCUUCAUUUAUUUCUCCUACCUGACCAGACAUCGGCUCAUCCACACGGGGGAAAAACCACAUUGCUGCUCGGAGUGUGGGAAGAGAUUCACUCGAUUCUCCCACCUGGUCCAGCACCAGCGUAUCCACACAGGGGAGAAACCACAUAAAUGCUCAGAGUGUGGGAAGAGCUACGCUCACUCCUCUGGCCUGGCUCAGCACCAGCGUAUCCACACAGGGGAGAAACCACAUAAAUGCUCACAGUGUGGGAAGAGCUACACUCAGUCCUCUGGCCUGGCUAAGCACCAGUGUAUCCACACAGGGGAGAAGCCAUAUCAGUGCUCAGAGUGCGGGAAGAGCUUCAGCGAGUCCUCCCAAGUGGCCCAGCACCAGCUUAUCCACACAGGGAAGAAGGCACAUCACUGUUUGGAGUUUGGGAAGAGCUUCACGUCCUCCUCCAGGCUGGCUCGGCACCGGGUCAUCCACAUGGGGGAGAAGCCACAUCAUUGCUCUGAGUGUGGGAAGAGCUUCAGCCAGUCCUGCCACCUGGCCAAACACCGGCUCAUUCACACGAAGGAGAAGGCACAUUAGUGCUCAGAGUGUGACAAGAGCUUUAGUCGAUCUUUGCACCUGGCCUGGCACCAGCUCAUCCACAUGGGAGACAAGCCACAUCAGUGCUCGGAUUGCGGAAAGCGCUUCAACCGAUCUUCUGACCUAGCCCGGCACCAGCUCAUCCACACAGGGAAAAAACCACAUCAGUGCUUGGAUUGUGGGAAAGGCUUCACCCAGUCAUCCAGCUUGGUUAAGCACCAGCGCAUCCACACAGGGGAGAAGCCACAUCAGUGCUCAGAGCGUGGGAGGAGUGAGUGAAGCUCCUCCCACCUGGCCCGGCACAAGCUUGUCCACAUAGAGAAGAAACCAUAUCAGUGGUCAGUGUGGGAAGUGCUUCCCCCACUCUUCUACUGUGGCCCAGCACCAAUGCAUCCACAUCCAGGAUCAUCCAUAAUUGUGCCAGCAAAGCAGGGAGGGCUUUGGGAUGUCUACCCACUCAGCACCUACCACUGUCUGUAGCCAGGCAAGUAGCCUCAUUCUAGUGGACUGCAGCAAGAGUUCCCCCAUGAUUCCCCUCUGGUAGGGCCCUGCAGAGCCCAAAGGGCACAAAUUCUGUCUCUGAAGACUUGAUGAGGGGAAGGGGUUAAGAGGAAACAUCUCAGCUAGAUGCCAGCCCAGAUGCCGGGGAAACCUGUGAGGAGAUGAUCUUUGCAUCUGCCUUGGAGCCUGUGCCAUCCCCAUCUUUCUCUAAAAGCAGCCAGUGCUUCCAGGGUCAGGUGAAGUGCCUUCACGAUAGGAUGCCUUCCUGUAGACAACUGGGUCCAAAUGCCACCCGGGUACAAAUGCCACCCAGGGACAGGGACUGUUCGUCUGCCUCCCAGCUUAGUCCUCCUGCUCCCAGGGUUGUGGCGUGUGAGGCUCUUGCAUUGCAAGAAGGAAGCCGUAUAUGGCUGGGGAAGCACUUCCUGCCUUCCACCUUGACCUUCCCUUUCCUCCCAAGCACAUCACUCUGCUCCCAGGCCUGCACGUGCCCUUUGGAGUCUGCAGGAAGCUGCUACUGUCACCCCGUGAGCCCAGUUUGGCAGUUUUGCUUCUCAGCCCCUUGUCACAACUGCAGCAUCAUUUGCCAGCUGCCCCCGCCCUCCUUCCUUUCUCUAUAACAGAGUCCUUUCUAAUCAAGCUCCACAAGUAACAGAUUCAUAGUUAUUAGGGGCUGGAAGGGACCUGACAGAUUUUUGGGUCCAGCUCCCCUGUGCUUGGGCAGGAAAGAGCACUAGAUCCAGUCCUCCAGCUGCGGUCUCACUAAGGCCAAGUAGAGCAGGAGGAUGACGUCUUUAGACUUGCUCGAGAUGCCUCAGCAGAUGCAUGGGAGUGUUUGAUUAGCUCUGCCAGCUACAGCAUCACAUUGGUGUCUCAUGUUCAUGUUGUCUGUCAUGACACCCAAGUCCCGUUCAGUUGUGGUGCUGGCAAGCGUAGCACUGCCAUGCCUGUAAGUGUGUUGUGGAUUAUUUCUCCCCAGAUGGAGCUGUAAAGAAAUCCUUUUUCUCUUGGUGGCCUCCCUUCCUGGAGUCUGCCCAGCCCCACCUCUGGUUUCCAACUCUGGCUGCUGGAUCCACCUGAUCUCCUAGGUGUUGCCAGUGGGAGCUGGGGACUCAGUCUUCCUUUGUUCCAGCUUCCUGCCCAGAUACUUGGGAGGCACUGGUGUCUCCGCCGGGGUGGGGGCAUUGCUGAUGUUGCUCCAGCUAACUAGCCUGCAUCAGCCGUGCUCUGAGGAUCCUGGAUUUUGGUUGGAGCUUAGUGAUGAGGUCAGAAAAGUGAUAAAAAGAGGUCGCUCUCUCUUGGGAGAGGCUGACAUUUUUGGGGAUGCUGAAACAAGCAGAAGGACUCCAGACCUCCAUCAGUCUGUGGAUGGACAUGUGAGUAACUUACCUGAAAUUUCGCCAGUAAUUUAGGAUUAAGCGAAGUAGACAUGUAUCAAACGGGCCAACGAGCCCAUUCUGUUUUGCUCAAGGUGUUGUUUUUCUAAUACUCUUCUAUCCUGUACUCCUUCCCCAGUCUCCCUCGCUCAGAUUCAUGAAAGCUAUCUGUUCUAGCACACCUAGCUGCGAAUGCUUGAGAGGAGGGACAGGCCUUUACACUCCUAGCACAGCUCAGUGGAUUAUUACCUGAAACCAUUCUGGGUGGCUCCGGGCUAUACCAGCUAUACUACCAGUGGGAAAAGCACCCCCAAGGUCUGCAGGGUCUGUCUACCCCAGGCGGCACAGAGUCCUAACGGAGCCCAGAGCCCAGGGGAUGGCAGUGAUUACCCCAGGCUUGCAGCUAUGGGGUUGGUUGGAUGUUAGCACCCCAGGGGAGACACCUGAAGCAUGGUUUUGGUUAGGCACGUGAGGUGGGUGGCUCAGUGUAGUAGCACCCCCUACUAUCCCACCACAAGAGUACUUUGCAUUUCUCUGUAUUAAACAACAGCAGGUUGAGGUCUGCCCACUUCACAAGCCUGUCCAGGUUGACCUGUAGUUCCAAUCUGUCCUGGGCCAUGACCACACUCCCCCAUAGGUUGGUGUCAUCAGCGAACUUUGCCAGUUUGCUUUUAAUACCCGCCUUCAAAUCAUUGGUGAGCAUGUUGAAAAGCACUGGUCCGAGUACUGAGCCCUGAGGGACACCACCGGUCACCUUCCAAAGGCCUUUUUGAAAUCCAAGCAUAUGGCAUCAACCUCAUUUCCUGUAUGCAGUGGAGAGUUACCUGAUCAUAGAAGGAAAUGAGGUUGGUCUGACACAACCUGCCUGUGACAAAGCCAUGUUGGCUGCCAUUCAGAAUACUACUUUCUGUUAGCCUGUUAGUGAUGGGCUCUUUGAUAAUUUUCUCCAGGAUUUUACUGGGGAUUGAGGUCAACCUGAUUUGCCUGCAAUUUCCUGGGUCCUCCUUUCUUCCUUUCUUAAAAAUAGGCACCACGCUGGCCUUCUUCCAGUCUUCUGGGACCUCUCCCAAGCACCAUGAGUCUUCAAAUAACUUAGCCAUAGGUCAUGCAAUGACAUCGGCCAGUUCUUUUAGCACUCUUGGGUGUAGUUCAUGUGGUCCUACUUGUAGGUAUUUAGCCUUUGUGGGUGCUUCUGCACAAGAUCUAUGCCAACUAAGGGAGGGUGAUCACCCCCAUCCAUGAUUGUCCUGUAUCCUGUCAAGCAGGCUAACACCUUGGACUUGUGGCAUACCGACAUGAAGUAUUCAUUCAGGAGUUUGGUUUUGUCCUGAGUGUCGGUUAUCAGCCGUCCCAUUUCAUUUAUCAGGGGCCCUGUGCUUCCCUUGGGGUUUUUUUGCUGUUUGUUUGUUGUUUUCACUUCCUACAUAUCUAAAGAAGGACUUCUUGUUGUCCUUGAUUCUGGUUGCCAAUUUGUAUUCAGUUUGUGAUUUUGUUGUCCUGAUCUGCUGUUGCUGAAUACUCCUCUUUGGUAGUUAUUGCAGACUUUACAUCCUUUGUAGGCUUCUCAUUUUAAUUUCAGGACAUCCGUGACUUCCCUGUUGAGCUCUUCUGCUGCCUUUCUUACAACUUCCAUUGAGCUUUUAGGAUUACUUCCUUGAGGAAGAGCCACUCUUCUUGUACUCCCUUCCUCCUCAGACCAUUGUCCCGCAGGGCCUCGCCAACUAGUCUCCUGAGCUUGUGAAAAUCAGCUUUUCUAAAAUCAAGGAUUUCUACCCUACUGGUCGAUUUUCUUGACUUAUGGUACAUGGAGAAAGUGAUUAUCUCAUGGUCACUGUCGUCCAGUUUCCCCUUGAUCCUCAGGUUACUCAGUAGAUCAUCUCAUUUGGCCAGAACCAAGUCUAGGACUGCCUUGCCCCUCGUCAACCUGUACACUUCCUGAGUUAGAUAGAAAGCGUGAGAAAGCUUUAUAAGCAAUCGGAUCUGGCUGAGUGUUAAUUUCACGGGAUAUCUGGGUAGUUGAAGUUACACAUGAUGACCGUGCUCUGAGAGCAUGCGGCCUCUGCCAGUUCUCUAGAGAAUUGGUGGUCGAGAUGUUCCUCUUGGUUCGGAGGUCUGUAAUAAAUUCCUAUGGUCCUACCCCUUCCCUGUGUUCUCCCCAUAUCUUGACCCAAAGGGUCUCAAGUCAUCCUCCUUUGUUUCCAAACUUCACUUCUAGGGAGGUGCAAUGUUCCUUCAUGUAGAGAACAACUCCUCCACCCUUCUUCCCAACAUCAUCCUUCCUGUACAGGGUGUAUCCCCCUUUGCGUGUGGUCCAGUCAUAGGUGGAGUCCCACCAGGUCUUUGUAGUCCCUAUGAGGUCAUAUUGAUUGUUGGUUAGCAGGAGGGCUAGUUCCUCCUGCUUGUUUCCCAUGCUUGUGGUGUUAAUGUACAGGCAACGAAGCCUGCCAGUGGAGGCCCGAGGCUUCCUGAUGAGCUGUGGGAUAAUCUGUGCAUUGGCCAGUGUCAGAGACUGUUUCCUAUAGUACCCUGAGACGUUGGUUUUGAGGUUGCCAUUUCUCAUGCUUGUGCUAGUAGCUGCUGGUCUGUCCCCCAGUGAUCCCAGUUUAAAGCCCUAUCCAGGAGGUCUGCCAUUCUAGCCAAGAAAAGCUGCUUCUCCUUCGGCACGAGGUGGAUGCCAUCUCUUCCCAACAAGCCGCAGUCCCUGAGGUGCAUGCCAUGGUUGAAGUAACCGAAGCCCUCGCCCUAACACCAUCGCCGGAGUCUUCUCUUUACUUCUCUGCAUCUAUCCCUCCUGUAUCUGUGGCCCACCACUGGGAGGACCGAGGAGAAAACUACCUGUGCCCCCGACCCCUUCAGCCAAGCCCCCAGAGCCCUGUGCUGUCUCAUGACCCAGGAUUGUUCCUGGCUGUGUCAUUCGUGCCCACGUGUUUGAGGAGCGUGGGGUAGUGGUUGGAGGGCCAAACACGUUUUGGGAUCCUUUCAGCCACACCCCAGAUGCGAGCCCCUGGGAGGCAGCAGACCUCACAGGUUAGGGGGUAGAGACCUCAUUAGGGAGUGUACUGUAUAUAGACGGGACUGCAUAAUAACUCAAAAAUAAAGCCUCACUCCUUUA